CGAGUCACGUGAUCUCCAGCCCGACGCCAUCUUGGGUCGCAGCCGCGUUUCGGCCGCUCGGUUUUCGAUCUCCGCUGCCUGCCGUGGACGCGCUUGCUGUGGCGUGUGAGGGGAGGCGGGUCAGGGCCCGGAUGCUUUCGGAGUUGCUGUGUUUUCCCGCACAUCCCAGGGGCCCCUGUCGCCCGGUUACUCUGGAGAUAAAGCCGUAGGAUUGCCGGCCCCAGAGCUCGCCGUGACCAUCCCGCGUGAGAUAAAAUCAUGGGGGUCAAGGUUCAGCGUCCUCGUUGUUUUUUCGACAUAUCUAUUAACAAUGUAUUAGUUGGGAGAGUUGUCUUUGAAUUAUUUUCAGACGUUUGCCCUAAAACUUGUGAAAACUUUCGCAGUCUCUGCACAGGUGAAAAGGGUAUCGGAAAAAGUACCCAAAAACCCUUGCAUUACAAAAGCUGCAUAUUCCACAGAGUUGUUAAGGAUUUUAUGAUCCAAGGAGGUGAUUUUAGUGAAGGAAAUGGCAGAGGUGGGGAAUCUAUAUAUGGCGGAUUUUUUGAAGAUGAAACUUUCUCAAUUAAGCACAAUAAGGAAUAUCUUCUGUCAAUGGCCAACAGAGGAAAGGAUACAAACGGGUCGCAAUUUUUUAUAACAACAAAGCCGACACCUCACUUGGAUGGGCUUCAUGUUGUUUUUGGGCAACUAAUCUCUGGCCAAGAAGUAGUGCAAGAAAUUGAAAGUCAAAAAACAGAUGCUUCCAGUAAGCCAUGUGCAGAAGUCCGGAUACAGAAUUGUGGGGAGUUGAUUCAAAAACCAAAAGCUAAGAAGGAAAAGAAAAGACACAAAUCUUCCUCUUCCAGUGAUUCUGAUAAUUCCAGUGACUCUGACUCCUCUGACUCUUCAUCUGAUUCCAAAAGUGAAGGGGAAGAAAAAUCUAAAAAGAAAAAAAGGAAGCACAAAAAGAAUUCAAAGAAGCAUAAAAGGGAGAAGAAAAAACGUAAAAAGGAAAAGACAAAGAAAAGUUCUGAUAGUGAGCAUGAAAAGGAAGACCAAGAAGUGCAAGUAACAUCCACCGUCCGUCCAGAGGAGAUCCCAACUGUACCAGAAAACAAAUUUCUAAUGCGGAAGAGCCCUCAAAGAGCAGAAGAGAAGGAAAGCCGUCAAAAUGACCGAGAACGAGAGAGAGAGAGCAACUCUCAGGCUUCUUUCUACCAGAGGAGACUCCUAGUAACCAGGUCUGGACGGAAAAUCAAAGGGAGGGGCCCCAGACGGUACCGAACUCCAUCCAGAUCUAGAUCCAGAGAUCGCUUUAGGAGAAGUGAGACACCCCCACACUGGAGGCAAGAAAUGCAGAGGACCCAAAGAAUGCGAUAUUCUAGUGGGGAGCGCUGGAUCAAAGGAGACAAGAGUGAAUUAAAUGACAAAGACAAUCAGAAAAGCCCAGUAAGAGAACAUAAACCAACUGAUGAAAGGCCAGUUUCUGAGAGUCCUGUGAAAAGAGGGGAUCGCGAUAGGAAACCUAAAGAAGACUUAUCAAGCAGCAAAGACCACGAGUCCAAGAAAGAAGACGAUAGGGAAGAAAAACAAAACAAAAGUAGGGGUAGGAGGAGGACAGAAUCGGGAAGCCGAAGUGAAAGUAAAGAAAACUCCAAAAGUAACAAAGAUGCUAAACUCGGCAGGCAUGAUGCAAAGGCAAGAUCCAAAAGCAAUGAUCGGAAUCAUGAGAGAGGGAAAGAAAAAGAUAAAAACAGUAAUAACAAAGGGAAAGACAAGGAUAGGAGCAGAAGUAAGGAAAGGUCUAAACACAGCACUCUGAAAAGUGAGAGAGCAGAAAGUAAAAGCAAAGAGAGCGAAAAAUCAAGAGAUAAGCAUGGAAAAUCAAGAAGUAAGGAGCGGGACUCUACAAGAGCACGGGCUCGUUCCAAUAGUAAAGGUAAAGAGAGGAGCAAAAGCAGGGACAAUAACAGGAGGGCUAGGUCAAGAAGCCGAGACCAUAACCGCAAUAGAAGUAAAGACCGUGCAAGAAGCAGGGAUCGAGAAACUAAAAGACGAGGCCGAUCCAGGAGUCGCGAUAGAAAGCGGACACCAGAUAAAUCCAGAAAUAAAGAGAACAAGGAUAGGGACGAAUCCAAAGAUUCAAGUCAAAGUAAAAACAAAGACUCCUCUCGAAAAGAUGACAGAAAUUCACAGAGAAAGUCCACAAAUCAUGAAAGCCACAAAAGAAGGCAUUCUAGGAGUAGUAGCCCAGAGAAUAAACGGGCUAGAAAACCAAGCAGAGAUCGUAAUAAAAGUCCAGACUCCAAGAAAGUACAUGGUAAUGACAGGGAGGAAAGAUCAACUCGCAGAAGUAGAGAUAGAGAAAAGGCACCAAGAUCGUCUCGUGAAAAGGAAACCAACCAAAAAUCCAGGAGUAGAGAUCGGGAUAGUUCUCAAACAAAGGAAAAGAAAAUAAAUAGUGAAUCUAGUCCUAGAAGUGUUGAUGGUAAAAAUGAAAAAUGAAAUGUAAAUACUACUCUCGUUUCCCUUUUCUGUUGAUAUUUGUUAGGGAGAUGUAUACUGAGGGACAUUCUUUAUUUUAAAAUUGUAUUUUUUUCUUUGGACUUUUUUUCCCCUUUUUUGAUAAUCCUCAAUCUGGAACGUUUGUAUUGCUGAAGUUUUAAUAAACCUUCAAUGAAAAAGAA